AUGGCGGCAUUAGUGGGACCGAGAAGCGUCCCGCGCGAGGGGCGCGCUGUAACACAAUCCGUGCACGUCAACUGUAUUAUUUAUGGAUUCUUUAACAUGGCGGGGCCGUCGAGGGCCCUCGGGGUACCGCUCGAAAGCAAAUACAACGGACAUUUGGCGCGAGGAAGUGUUCGUUCUGCCUCGGUGGGCUACGAGAGGCAUUCGAGCCCUUUGGACGGGCGCGGGCGAAAUUGCAUUGGGGGCGAGUGUGUCCCGGCCGUAGUUUCUACCUCGAGAGUGUACCCC